AUGUCCGAACUUGCAGAAUCACGCUCGGAAAAGAAAAGUCACAAGAAGAAAACCAUGGUUCCCGCCUCGGAUACCGACCCGUCAAAAGAGACCGACACCGACACGAACACCGAUUUCACCAUAAAGCCGCAGAGCUUCACUCCCACCAUCGACACUUCUCAGUGGCCAAUACUCCUCAAGAACUACGACCGCCUCAACGUGCGCACUGGACACUAUACUCCUCUACCGUCCGGCUACUCGCCUCUCAAGCGGCCGUUGGCUGAAUACAUCAGGUACGGUAUCCUAAAUCUCGAUAAACCCGCUAACCCAUCUUCACAUGAGGUUGUUGCCUGGAUCAAACGGAUUCUCCGGGUCGAAAAAACGGGUCACAGUGGAACCCUCGACCCCAAAGUCACUGGAAACCUCAUUGUCUGCAUUGAUCGAGCCACACGGCUGGUGAAAUCGCAGCAGGGGCUGGUAACGAAUAUGAGAUCAAGCAAUUGGGUCAGAGCAGUGAGAUUUGGAAAAGCAGAAACGAGGAAGAUUGUAGAGAGAAGAUCAUCAAAGGCAAAGGUGAGUGGGAGUGGAAAAUCAAUAACAAUUAGCAGAAAGAAAGAUUGGAGGGGAUGGAGGAAAGUGGGUGAUGAUGAGAAUGAGAAUUACAGUGAGGUGGAGAGGAGUCUCCGUGUUGGGUGGUUUGUUGUUUGUUUACAGAUGCGUGUAGUGUUGGACAAUACCAAAUGGUCUUACUUUGGCGGCUUCACGUUGGACAAACAGGUGUCUCCUCCUCUUUUAUAUGUACACUAUAAAUGA